ACUGUUGGAGCCAUAAAACAAUUAGGUAAGUGAACAGUCAGUCUCACUUAUCACAGUUGAAUUCACCGCUGUGUAAUAAAUUUCACUUCAAUCCAGUACGCAUUGUAAGCUCCCACCGUUCGGUCGUGUAACAGUCGAUUUAAAUUUGAACUGAAUAUCGUAAUACCUCUGACAAUUAUUCAAAAUUUUUUGACAUUUGCUUUGCUUAAAUAAGAAAAUUUUAAUAUAUUUAAUGUGUAAAAAAAGUAAUCGAGGAGAUAAAUUAAGAUUAUUAGUUUUUAUAUAAUUUGCUGUGAAAUAAAUUCUCCACACUUUCUAUUUCAUGAGUAAUGUUUUUGUUGAAACAUAAGAAUGUGUGUAAGAAAAUAACUGUUAAAUUUAAAAAUGUAAACAAAUUUAUGAAAAUUGAAUAGAAACCAUGUUGAUCAAAAUUUGUUCAACCGAUUUUAGCAAUUAGGCACAGUGUAUAAUGUGUGAAAUAAACAAAGCAAAACUAUCCCUCCGUCCGCAGUACCACUUUCAACAAUCCCAGACUCAGACAAAAGCGCAGCCCCGGCCGAAGCCGCUACUGGAACCUGCAGUACAGCAGCAAAAGCCUACUAUGCCACAUAAUAUUGAUUGGAUAUUUCAUCGCCUUAGGCAUCCUUCAAAGCUCUGGUAUAUUGUCAGCCAAAUUGCUGUAACAGCAGUUGGAUUAUUUAGUAAAUUUGUUUUGGCUUUCAUGAACAGAACAGUGGUGUAUAACAAGGAUAGACUGAUAAACUUAGUAGCGAAAAGACCUAAAGGUGUGCCUCUGGUCACAGUAUCAAACCAUCACUCAUGUUUUGAUGAUCCAGGACUUUGGGGUGUGCUGCCAGUAAAAUAUGUUUGUAACACUUUUAAAAUACGUUGGUCGAUGGCGGCGCAUGACAUAUGUUUUACAAACAAAUUGCAUUCUUAUUUCUUUAUGUAUGGAAAGUGCAUUCCAGUAGUACGCGGCAUUGGUGUAUAUCAAGAUGCAGUCAAUUUAUGUAUACAGAAAUGUGCUUUGGGUCAUUGGGUACAUGUCUUUCCAGAAGGUAAAGUUAAUAUGACAAAAGACGAAAUGCGCCUUAAGUGGGGUGUAGGACGUAUUAUAUAUGAAUCACCUCGCAUACCGAUCAUAUUGCCUAUGUGGCAUGAAGGUAUGGAUGAAGUACUGCCAAAUGUUGAACCGUAUGUAUUGAAGUGGCGUAAAAAAGUCACGCUCAAUAUAGGACAACCUAUAGAUUUAAAUGAUUUCAUAAGCGAUCUAAAAAGUAGAAGUGUGCCAGAACCGGUGGCAAGAAAGUUAAUUACUGAUAAGAUACAACAAGUAUUUCAAAAAUUACGUUUAGAAACCGUGGAACUUCAUAAAAGACGUACAUAGUCUUCCUCAUUAGUGCUAGUUUUUAUUAGUGAUCAAUGUGCUAAAAAUCUCAAACCAUAGACUUUAAGUGCAGUACAGUAAAAGUUGAAUAUAACGAAUAUUUUAACACGGUUGCAAGAACGGUCAGGUCUAUGUUCCGGAUCCAUUUGUCAAUUACGACGACUAAGUGCCGUUUACCACCCAUGCAAAUGGAGUUUACAAGCAAAUUCCUGAGGGAUACCGAAACAAUGUCUAACUAAACUUAUGUCCAAUUUAAAGAACAUAUGAUUAGAGUAAAACAUUUAGAAUCAUGUAAUGAGUUGUUCAUAAUAAAUAAUAUAUAUUGUGUGAUUUGUUAAAUAGAAUAGUCAAUCACAGAAUUCUAUCUUCCGUCAAAUGGAUAUUCAUUAAAUUACGUAUUCGUUGUAGUUGGUGUCUGGAAUGUUAAGGAAUCCAUAUAAAUAAAUAGAUAAGCCGAUGAUAUAAGCAAUAUUGUAUGAAACAUAUACGUGUAUGAAAUGGAAUAUCUAGCUGUAGAAAUAACUUAAAUAUUUUGAAAAUGAUUUCGGUAAAAUAUACAUUACACAUAGUAUAAAAAAUUAAACCGAUGUAGAAGCUAAAUAUCGCUUGCCUUGCAUUGCACUUCAUUAGAUCAAGAACCAGAUUCAAAUAAUGCGAUAAUUCUACACAUCACUGCCUGCUUUAUCUACUAUAAUGUAUUUAACAAUGUUGAUGGAUGUUAAAAAUGUAAUUGUCAAUUAUUUUCAU